AUGAAGUUCACUACCUCCACCCUCCUCUCCACCUCCGCCAUUCUGGCCACCUCCGCCGCCUUGACCCCUACAUCAGGCACAUCCUACCGCCUCGUGAUUAACUCCACGAAUCCCGCCAUCAGUGGCAGCUCCCUCGCACUGAAGGACGACCCGACAGCAAACACCUCUCCAAACGCGCUUGGGUCCUGGUCCACCGGCGAGCCCCGCGAAGAGUACACAUUCACCUUUUCGCCCAAUCCCGAUAACGACAAGUUGUAUGAGCUCAAAGGCGCAGUGAGGCAGACGCACCUGAUCCUCACCGGAAAUGAUGCCGCCAUGCCCCUUUACGACGUGGCCAUCGGCGCAGACCCGACGCCAGCAGGCGACGACAAGCUGUUCACGAACAACUUCAUGAUCUACAACGACAACGAGCUCCUGCAUGCCCAGCGAUGGGGCGUCACCCACAACGCUAGCGAUAUGGUUGGAUCUGGUACCUGGCGCGCGUGCAAGAACAAUACCGAGUACGAUUAUCUCGUGCUGUGGUACGACGGCCUAUCUGCUCUGCAGGAUUAUUACGAGGGCUGCGAGACCGUCUUGCUUAACAUCGAGGAGGUUGGAUCUAGCGGUGCUUCCAUCACUGGCGUCCCGGCUCCUACUGCCACUGGCAGCGGUGGUUUCAUCACCGGAGUCCCGGCGCCCACUGGCACCAACACUGGCUUCAUCACCGGAGUUUCCGCGCCGACAGGCAAUUCGAGCGGCACCGGCGCGAGGCCGACGCCUACUUCUUUCGAGGGUGCUGCACCCCAGCUUGGGAUGGCGAGCGCACUGAUCAGCUUUGUUUUCGGUGCCGCCGCUUUCAUGCUCUAA